AUGACUGCUCUUUCUUUUGAAGAAGAACGAUACUACUUGAGAUUACUCUUAUCAAAGGUUCGAUGUCCAACUUCAUUUGAUGACUUAAGAACCUUUAAUGGAGUUCAAGUAGAAACGUUCCAAGAAGCAGCAUUAAUUCGAGGCUUGUUACAAAAUGAUAACAGCCAAGAAAUCUGUUUACAAGAUGCCUCACUUUUUCAUAUGUCCUACGAAAUGAGGCGACUUUUUGCAAUACUUUUGGUUUAUUCUUGCCCUAAUGAUCCAAAGGCAUUGUGGCAAAUUUUUGAAUCUUCUAUGUCAGAAGAUUUUGCCAAAUGUUCAGCAAUGACAUCUGCACAAGUGAAAAGAAAUGUCUUGCAACAAAUUGAUGGAUUUUUGCAAUCCAUGGGAAAAAGUAUAUAUUCAUAUAAUUUGAUUCCUACUGGAUUCUCUUAUGAAAAUAUAGAGAAUGAAACUCGAGAAUUAAGAGCAGAAAGAAACAUUGUCAUUUCAGAAACUGACUUAAAUUCAAUUCAGCUACUCAAUGAAAAACAGAAAAUAGCAUUUGUAGUCAUAUCUGAGAGAAUUUACUCAAAUAGACCUGGUGUUUUUUUCAUUGACGGUCCAGGUGGUACUGGAAAAACAUUUCUGUAUAGAGAUUUGUUAGCUGAUGUUAGAUCUAAAGGUUAUCUUGCUCUUGCUACAGCUACAUCAGGAAUUGCAGCUUCCAUUUUACCAGGUGGAAGGACUACUGCACAUUCCAGAUUUAAAAUUCCAAUAGAUAUCUUUGAUGGUGCAACAUGUCGGGUAAGUAAACAAACUUCUUUAGCUGCAAUGAUCAAGGAAGCAAAGCUUAUAAUCUGGGAUGAAGCACCAAUGUCUAAAAAGGCAGCAAUUGAAGCUUUAGAUGAUCUCUUAAGAGAUUUAAUGAAUUCAGAAGAAAUAUUUGGGGGAAAGGUAGUUGUACUUGGUGGAGAUUUUAGACAAACAUUACCAGUUGUUAGAAAAGGAACAAAAGCUGAAAUGAUAAAUGCAUGUUUGAUAAAUUCUCCAUUAUGGCACAAAUUAGAGAAAUUGCAAUUAACAGAGAACAUGAGAGCAAAAUUAGAUCCUUUAUUCACGCAGUUUCUCUUAAAAAUUGGAGAUGGAACACAGGAAACAGAUGAGAAUGACAUAGUAAAACUUCCAUUUUCAAUUGUAGUUAACUAUAAUAAUGAGACUGAUGCAAUUGAAAAGCUAAUCAAUAUUGUGUAUCCUGAAUUUAAAGAUCCUUCAAAGAAACUGCAUUGCUCACAAAAUAGAGCAAUUCUAACUACAAAGAAUAACUUUGUAGAUGAAAUAAAUGAUGAAUUGAUCAAAAAAUUUCCAGGAGAUUUGGCUGAGUACCUAAGCUAUGAUGAAACACUGAAUGAAAAUCAUCAAUCUGAAUACAUUGAUCUUCUGAACACUCUUACGCCUAGCAAUUUACCUUCACAUAGUUGGUGA